AUGAAGGGUCUCGCUCUCCUCGCUGGCUUGUUGGCCGGGUCGGCCUCAGCCCACAUGCAGAUGUCCAAGCCCUAUCCCAUUCGUAGUCCUCUCAACAAGGACUCCAAUGGCAAGAAGGAUUACUCCUACACCAACCCGCUGCAGUCCUCUGGCAGUGACUACCCUUGCAAGGGCUACGCCAAGGAUGACUUUGAGUCCCAGGCUACCUACAAGCAGGGCCAGAAGUACACCAUGGAGCUCGAGGGCAGUGCUACUCACAAUGGCGGCUCUUGCCAGCUCGCCCUGACCUACGAUCAGGGUGAGACAUUCAAGGUCAUCGAGUCAAUCCUGGGUGAUUGCCCCAUUGCCAAAGAGUACGACUUUACCAUCCCCUCUGAUGCCCCCGACGGCGAGGCACUCCUGGCCUGGACCUGGUUCAACAAGGUCGGCAACCGCGAGAUGUACAUGAACUGUGCCUUCGUCACCGUUGGAGGUGGAUCUAAGGGAAAGCAGGUUCCUGCUCAGACCAGUUACAAGCACAACGGUCAGCAAGCCAACCAUCCCAAUCACCCAAACCACCCUCCCAUGAAGCAGGCUGAGGCCCCCGUGGCUGAGGAGAUGCCCCACGAGGAGAAGCACAAGGAGAUGGUCCAUGAAAACGCUCAGCGUGACGUGUACGGUGCCAUGAAGACUGGCGGUUUCAGCAGCCUUCCCGAGCUCUUCGUUGCCAACAUCGACCAAGCCGGCAAGUGUGUCACCAUCGAGGGUGAGGCCGUGAACUUCCCAAUGCCCGGAGAUAACGUUGAGGGCAAGGCCAGCGGCAAGGGCUACAAGUGCGAAGGCAAGGCUCCUUUCCUCAGCAGUGAUUCCAGCUCCUCCGACUCCUCUAGCUCAAAGGACAGCGACUCGAAGAGCACUACCUCGAAGGACGCUGACUCCAAGACCGAUUCCAAGAGCACUACCUCGAAGGACGCUGACCCCAAGACCGAUUCCAAGAGCACUACCUCGAAGGACGCUGACUCCAAGACCGACUCCAAGAAAUCCAACUCUACCCGCAGCACCACCACUACUGAGACUACCUCUCAGUCCAUGUCCAAGAUCGCUUCUGCCUUCGGCAACCCCUCUGCCGACCCUCGCGUCCUGUCUGGACAGUCCAGUGAUAUGAAGGAGGCUUCGACCAACAACGCUUUCGGUUCCUAUGUUGGUGGCUGGAAGUGCACUUCUGGCGAAAUCCUCUGCGCUCCUGAUGGACAGAGCUGGGCCAUGUGCUCCAACAGCCAGCCCAUCUACAUGGGUCUUGUCGCUGCUGGCACUGUUUGCCGCUUUGGCUCCAUUGUUCGAGCUUAG